UGUGUGUAAGAAGGUGAAAUGGACAGGAAUUAAAUGAAGCUUUCCCUCCCCUGAUCUGAUCCACUUUGAUUUACAAUCAUAGUUAAAAUCACGUGUUUGUUUUUUUUUUUUUUUUUUUCCCUCACAUACUCCUUAUCUAAGGGAUCUUACGGGACAUGGCAGGUAGGUUAUGGCCAUUGUCCUGGCGUCGCUUGUACACUUAGGUGAGUCUCAGGUAAGCCGUGACGUCAUUCUGAUACUUUUGACCUCCUUGGCAGUAAAUCCAUAAAGGUGUGUAUCCUCGCCGCUCAGGUGCAGUUAUAGCCCCGGACCUCCGACUAAAGCCUGCUGGAUACAAACACACCAGCCGAACAUGCGCCCGGAGGCCUGAUUCACCCGAGAAUCCGACCCCCUGCUGUCGAGCGAGGACUCCGGCAUGUACCCCAACUCCCAGCCGGUGAGGCACCCGGCUCAGACGCUGUCCCUGCACAGCCAGUACCUUCCGCCUGCUUAUGAUUUCCCAGGCUACCACCACGCCGUGUCGGGGAUCGGCGACCCGUCGACGACCACCUGGAACCCCGUUUACACCCCGCGGGAGGAGUACCCGUUCAGCUUCCCCAGCCCCAGCGCGGGGCAGUCGAACUACAUCUCCCCGGAAUUCAACAACGCCCCCUCGGCCGCCGGAGGAGGGGGGUCCCUCACCCCUUACAUCUCCCAGGACCCCUUCAACUUCAGGAGGAGACCACCCGAGCCCAUCAGACAGCCAUUUCCAGUUGGAAAGACUCGGACAAAGGACAAGUACAGGGUGGUGUACACAGACCACCAGCGGCUGGAGCUGGAGAAGGAGUUUCAGAGCACCCGCUACAUCACCAUGAGGAGGAAGUCCGACUUGUCCAUGGCUUUAGGACUCUCCGAGAGACAGGUGAAGAUCUGGUUUCAAAACAGACGCGCAAAAGAAAGAAAGAUCAACAGGAAGAAGCUGCAACAUUCCCAGCAAGCCUCCACAACGACUCCCACCCCACCUGUUCUCAGUGGCCUCACUGAAGCCCAUGUUACCUCCAGCCCCGGCGCGAGCGCCAGCAUGCUGUCGGACAUAAAAACAGAGGAGUACUAGCUGGAUUCCUGAUCCGCGACAGGGAGCGUGUCCAGAAUGUAAAUAGUAUUUUUUUUUUUUUAUUGAGUUCAACACAGAGUGAUUAAUCAUGUCACUGAUGCCUCAAAUCCAUUUUUUUUUUUUUACAGUGUGAAGCUACAUUGUAAAACCUGAAAAAUCAUUCACAUUUUUGUACAAGUAUGGACUGUUAUUAGAUCAACACAUAUCUGUUGUCACUUUUAGAGUCUAUAAUGCUGUGAAAAAAGUAUUUGUCACCUUACAGCUUUUUGCUGGGUUUCUAUUUGUUUUUUCUUACCGGAUAAUCAAACACGUUUCAAUUUCCGACAAAGGUAACCUGAGUUUGGAUAAACAUUUUUUUCCUUUUUUUUUUUUUUUUUAAAUCAUGAUUUUAUUUGUAAAGGGAAAAAAAAAAACUAUGCAAAACUUAUGUGAGAAACAUGACCCAAUAUGUUUGACCUCUGAGGAGAUUUAAAACAGAUAAAGUUAUUAACAUCCAUCAAGUGUUAUCAUGUAUAAAGUAUUUUUUUUUUAAGCUUUGUGACUCCAUCAAACGACAGUGAACGCCUGCAACGCCUCAUCCAGACUGUCAAAAAAACAAACAAAAACAAAACACAGAACAGCCACUGCAGACCAAACGGCAUUAGAUCGGGUUAGAGUCCAGGAUUCAAAAAUAAUUAAAAAAAAAAUGUCGGAGAAUAAAUUUCAGCAGUCAGAGAGUUCUGAGACACAACUGCUGACUUAAAAGUGAACUUUUUAUUUUUUAAAUAAAUGUCCCUAUGCACCUUGCAUAAAAUCUACAUACCGUUUAAGAAAGUAUUAGAAUAACAGUGUUGGUAGUGUGAUGGUCUGGGUUUCCUUUGUAACUUCAGGAUUUGCUGGAGUUGAUUGAAAAAGGAGUCCUUAUCUCUCUGCCAAAAAUCAUGAACUAUUGAAAAAUAGUUUGGGUUCUUAAGUGCAAAUCCAGUUGGAUUGAUUUUGAAGUGCCACAAUAAUCUAAUGCACACUUGCAACCCACCUCUGAAUGAUUCAACAAAUAAAUGAAUAAAGACUUAAUAAAAAUGAAGCUUUAGUCCAGUGGGUUAAAUCCAAAUGAUACAGUGUGGCAUGACCACAAACACACCGCUCAUGAUUGAACAAUAUGACUAAAAUAAAAAAUAUAUAUAUUCUGCAUUAAAAGUGAGCCAAAAUUCAUCCAGUGAUAAAAAAAAAAAGACUUGUUGCCACUUAUCACACACAUGUGGUAGCAGCUGCUGCCACCAAUACGUUCGGUCUAUUGUUCUGAUGAUUUGAAUAGUUUUUUUUUUUUCUUUGACAAAUGUAUUCAUAAUUUUAAUAUAUCCGGUUAUCUUUGGCUGAUGAUCUGACACAUUUAAGUGCAACAAGAAAGCAAAAUCAAUGCAAUUUUGUGCUAUAAAAUACGUCGUUCCAUCAUUGUAAUGUGCUUCUCAGUCGAGACACUAAAACAUUUUCACAUGUUCUGUUUGAAGGAACAAAAAAUAAUGAAGUUUGUUGGUUUAAGCCUGGUCUAAUGUAAAAUGCGUGCUGCAUUAAAAAGUGCCUUGUGGUCGUUUUUUUUUUUUUUUUUUUUUAAUCUGACUUAUGGAAACUGCUUACUGCGUCUUGCAUGGGCAUGCAACUGAAGUACAAAAAUAACGAACUUAGAAUUUUAGGGAAGUAAUGCUUGGUUUAAGGGAAACCGAAAGAACAGAGCAGAAGGGAACCUGAGGAAAGAAGAAAAAAGAAGUUAAAGUCGGCAGCUGUGAGGAAACAUUUUAAGUUUCAUUUAAUGUUAGCUCGAGGCACAGCAGAGCUGAAUUGAUAUGAACAUUGUUAUAUUUAAUAAUUAAUUUAUAUUAAGUCAUUUUAGCCAACGUAACAAAUGCUCUAAGGAAGCGAGGGUGUAGCUUAUAAAACAUUAGGCCAAGGAAUGAGAAAUUCAGAUGAGAGUUUAGCCACAUCCUGACAGACUGACUGCUCAACCACAUGCCAUGUGACACACAGUCAUUUUGGCUCUAAACACAGACACUGAGCUGUGCCACGAAUUUGAAAUUUUUAAAUAAAUAAUGUGCUGUAAGCCUCAAAAUAAACUUAGUGCAUUAAAGUAUACGUUCAUGAAAUUAUCACUUGAGUUUGAGUCGUCUAUUUUGUGACAACAGAGGAAGAGCAAGUGGAAAGGAGAGCCAUGCACCGACCACAGGCAUGGGCUAUUUAUGGAAAUACAAAUCAUACCUUCAUGCAUGCGAUAUGGACCCAUUUUGUAAGUCUGAAAUUAUUAACCUCAAAAUAUUUAAUUUUAGAAUAGACCAGGCUAAUAUGGUUGGCUAAAAAUAAGUUAUUAUGUCCCAACAUAAUGGUAGAACAACACAGAAGCUGACUUUCACUCUGCCUCAUUUUUUUGUGACGUUUCUGUAAAAUAAAGUUUGAGAAUUGCAAAA